AUGCCCUCUGGUGGCAAGGACUGGCCGCCCAAGGAGUGGCCACACUGGCCAUUCCCUCAUCCUCCAAUUCCCUCCGGUGGCAAGGAAUGGCCUCCUAAGGGGUGGCCUCAUUGGCCGUUCCCUCAUCCUCCAAUGCCCUCAGGCGGCAAGGACUGGCCUCCCAAGGGGUGGCCACAUUGGCCAUUCCCUCAUCCUCCGAUGCCCUCUGGUGGCAAGGACUGGCCGCCCAAGGAGUGGCCACAUUGGCCAUUCCCUCAUCCUCCAAUGCCCUCUGGUGGUUUCAAGUGGCCUCCACAUUCGCCUUGGUGGCCUCAUCACGGUUCCGAGAAUGUAAACAGCGGUGCUAAAGCUGUCAAAACAACCACUGCAUCACCUCCGACAGCAUGA